AAGGACAUAUUCUUUGUAAGAUCUGCGGCGACAAAGCGUCAGGAUUUCACUAUGGCGUUUUCUCGUGUGAAGGCUGCAAGGGAUUUUUCCGUCGAACAAUUCGACACCAACUCACCUACAAACCAUGUGACACACCUGGUGCAUGCCUUAUCAUGCGCAUCAGUCGAAACAGGUGCCAGUUCUGUAGACUCCAGAAGUGCAUUACAUCUGGGAUGUCCCAUGAAGCUGUUAGGUUGGGCAGGUGUCCAAAGAAGGCUCGACCGUCCAGCAGCAGUUUCUUCAUGCUCCCACAGACACAGCACGGCCACGUCGACUUGGACAAACAGCUAAAGAUAGAGCAAAUGGUGCUCUAUAUCCACGAAGCCUACAGAUCAGCAGUAAAAAACUAUAAUGCUUGCCCUGUCAGUGGAGCUGGUAAUGAGCAGGUAGCUGUAGAUUCAGAUAAUUUUACCAUCAUAUUUUACACCCAUUACAUCCCAUCUGUGGUGCGGUUCAUCACAACCUUGGCUAAAAAGAUACCACAGUUUUUAGACAUAAGCCUAGCAGAUCAGAGAGCAUUAAUAAAAGGUUGUAUUUUAGAGAUAGCAUUUAUUCAUGACAGCACACAUGUAAGCAUGAAUGGAGACAUUUGGACGGACAGCAAGCUGAACUUUAACAUUUCCAGAUCUAGGCUGGAGUCAAUGGGUCUGAUUGGUGAAAUCUUCCAAAAAUUUUGGCGCAUCAUGACCAAGACCCUUAAAAUGAAGCUAACAGAUGUAGAGGUGUCUCUUAUAUGUGCCUUGUUGAUUUUCAGCCCAGACAGGGAGGGGCUGAUGAGUGUCAGGUACCUGGAGAACCUGGAGACCGAGCUGGCUAUGGCACUCAAAUGUCAGCUGAUCCUUAACCAUGGGGAGCUGCCUUACAUCUUCUAUCACCUAGUGGACGUGAUCAUAGAGCUGCGAGGGAUCUCAACUCAAUUUCUGGAGGCUGUGUUGGACGCUAGGGUGGAUAAAUCCAGUGCUGAUCAUGUAUCCGUGGAUGCUGAGGUGGAACAGAAACCCACAGUUAGAAUCAUUGAGAAAAUUGUGGAAAAAUCAAAACAAGGAGAGAAGACAGUGUUAAAAGAUAUUAGCGAUAAUGAUUUGAUAGAUGAGCCACAUAUUCUAAGAGAGUUGUCGUCUAGCAGUAGUGAUGGCGGGCUUGGAAUGUGUUGCAUACGUUCCAUCUUGGAUGAGGAAAAUAUGGGUGAAGGGUUCAGGAGGAUCAAUUCCUGCUUGGAUAUUGGGGAUUUUUCCAGUGACACGGACUGUGAAGAAAUACGUUCCCCACCUCAUUUAGAAUUAAGUACAGACUGUGUAGGUGACAGUGGUAGACAGAUAGACAAAAACCAUAGCCAAGAGGAGAAAAAUCAAAUUCCUGAAGAUGCCUCAUUUGAUGAUAUUCCUACACUACAGUUAGAUGGUCAGAAAGCAAAAUUCUGUAGCUCAAAUAAAAUAAAAGCUGAAAAUCAAACUUUAAAUAAUUUAGCUCAAGAAAAAAGCUAUUUAAAUACUGACAGGGUUUCCAAAAGUCAGGUAGAGGUAGAUGAUAUUGAAAAAAAAAAAACUGUGGACAGUAUGGAAAAGUUGGAAGCUAACAUUGGUGCAAGAGGUGAGAAUUCAGAACAGGAAGAAGUUGAAAAAGUAUUAGGUAAUGUUAAAAAAAGUGUAGCUCUUCUAAAUGAAAGUACACAUUUUCGUGAAACUGGUUACGCCAUGUCAGAGGCUGAUCCCACAGAAAUGUCUCUGGAUUUGUCGGUUAAAAAAGUAAUUUUAGGUAAGGAAGGGUGCGGAUCAAAUCAAAAAGAUGAAUAUAUAGUAAUGGAAAUACCAUUUAAGUGUAUGUUAAAUAAUUUAAAACAACAUUCACCACCCCAACACAGGUCUGCAAUUGUAGAAAUUAGAGAUGAGAUUCUGAAACACAAUGAGACAGCUAUUAAUGAAGCAUCGGACCAUGCUGGCAGUAUAAAAACUGCUGACAGCAAUUUAAGUCCACUUCCUGGUGGGGACUCUUCGGAGAAAGUUUCUAAAAAAACACAUCUACGCAAAAUGCCUCGAAUAACUACUAAUAGGUGGAAUAUACCUAAUUGUAAUACUAACUAUUUGACUGGUUCCAUUGAGGAAAACAGUAGCUUUAUGUUUUCUACAUCGUCACUGCGACAUGGAACUUUGAGUUUGAGUGAUGCUGAGAAAAACAUGAAUGGAAAAGAAUCUGCGCAGAACUCAUAUAUAGGAAUGCAAAACCAGAUACACGAGCUCAAAAGAAAACUAAGUGAUGCUGUACUGGCAUCUGAUUGUAAUGAAACAAAAGAAAUCUCAGAACAGCCUGUAAAACAAAACAGCCAUUUUAAUUCUUAUACAGAAAAUGAUAACUUCAGAGUCACAGAAAAGUCUAACUACCAUUCUCCUGAAGUGAUGAACAAUUCAACACCACACAGCAACAGUUCUGAUGCUCCUGUGGUCAUGGAAACCUGUCAGGUAGAGAACUGCUUGGACUGCAGGACAAACAGAGAGCAAGAAGUGCAAAUAAAACGUCGCAACACCAUGCCAGCAAGACUGGGUUACUCGUACUUUGUAGCGCCGCAGUCAGGCUUGCAGAAAUCCAGUCAGCUCCAGAAACCUGGGACUCACAGUUACAUAAAACCAGAGCAGAAGCCACCAUUACGAGCUGCUGCCUCCAAUCCCUCACUUCAUCUUGCCUGGUCUGAUCCUGGUGCUGGCCAAAAUAAUUUCCUCACCCAUUCCACAGACAGAAACUGGAAUUCUGAUGCCAACCUCUCCCAGUCUUCAAGACUAUGUCCCUCCACCCUACCAUCCAUUCCACAGCUGUUUUCUCUACCUCCAAGUUCUAACAGCAGUAAUUACUACAACUCCUCAGCACUGUAUUGCAGCAAACAAAGCUUUACCCCUGAAUACCAUGAGCUCACCGGUAAAGAAACACCCACUAAUAUAUUCAAGACACCAUACUAUGCCAUGCAUGGUGGUUUCCAGAAGGCAUUUGAAUCUUCAUUGUCGACAUUACCUAACCCAAAAGAUGGGCCGAUAGACAUGACAUCUCCUUCAAAGCCGUAUCAUCACACAGACACGACACAAGGUCCAUUUGCGCAGACUCUCAACUCAAGCCUUUCCUCUGUUAAUCCUGCACAUUAUAGUUCCCAUUCUUCACCAUAUGAAAAUAUUUACACUGCUGGUUAUAAUGGAACAAAACUUUCUGGUGUACAUGACCACAGUGUCAACAAAUCACCCUUAUACCCAGGGUUAAAUCAAUAUUCACAUCCAACCUCCAUUUCUAUACCACAAUCUACCACUGCACAAACCUAUAUACAAAACGGACAGGCACAACUUACAGCUUCAACCUCAUCUUCAGCAAAAGACAGUUCCUGCUAUAACUCUCAUACGUUAUCUCUAACCCAUAUGGACAGCAGCUUUCAUCAAAACUCUAAGAAUUAUCAACUCCAGGGCAGACAAAGAUCACAGUCUUUCUCCUGCACCCAGCGAUUGAGUCGUAGCAGCAUCCAGAAACUGUUACUUGAGAACCCUAACCAAAAGGUUGCAGUCCAACCCCAUCCAUACUUUAACCAGUCUUAUCAUAUAUCGCAUUGAGCCGCUUACCACUCUUGAAAAUGUGUUGAUAUUACAAACCUGAGCUGCUUCUUUGAAACAUCGCCUGACCAAAUGUUAUACUCCUUUAGAUCUUCAACAACAUGGGCGGAUUAAUUAAAAACAAUAGCCAUUGUAGGCAGAUGACACUGAUGCUUAUUUUUUUUUUUGUAUUUUGAACACAUAUUUCUGACAAAAUAGUGUGUUGUCUCGAUCAGGUCGUUUAAGCUUAUGGCUGCUAACCUAAAGUCCUGAGUUUAAACCUCUGGCAGAAAUGGCUCGAUAGCUGGGAACA